AUGGCCACCAAGGAGCUCGUUACUCUCCCGGAGGUGCAGGGCACCGGUGGUCCUGAUGCCCAGCUCACGACCCCUCCCUCGGAUGAAGCCCCUAAGCAGGAGACUGGGACGCAUGGAUUAACGGAUCAGACGAACUUCUUGCCCGCCCGCCAAGUGAUCGCUGUCUUUAUGGGACUCUCCGUUGCGUUGAUGUGCUCCUUCCUUGACCAAACCAUCGUGGCUACUGCUCUGCCGAAGAUAUCGUCAGAUUUACACUCGGGUAAAAUUAGUUCAUGGGCAAGUUCGUUUCCUCCGAGUACGACGCAUCUCGCGUUCACGCCGCUGUACGGUCGAUGGUCAGAUGUCUUCGGACGAAAAAUAGUUCUGAUGGUGUCGCUGGCUAUUUUCUUCGUUUUCUCUUUGGCUUGCGCAUUAUCGCAGACGAUGAUCCAGGCAUGUGCAUCCAGUGGCACUGACGACGCCGAGACUCAAGCUAUUAUCACCAUGGUUCUGAUCAUUGUUUCCGACAUCGUCUCUCUGAAGGAUCGUGGUAAAUACCAAGGCAUCAACGAAGCCAUAAUCGCCAUCAGCAACGGCGUGGGUCCGAUCUUGGGAGGAGUUUUCUCUCAGGAUACGACCUGGCGAUGGGCGUUCUGGAUCAACCUGCCGUUAGGAGGCCUGGCCAUAGCCGUAUCUCUCUGGCUGCUGCCACUCAAGAAGGUUCACGGAGACAUGAAGUCGAAACUUCUUCGGAUAGACUACGCUGGCUCGCUCUUGACAAUCAUCUCUUCGGUACUGCUACUGGUGAACCAUCACAGGGGAGGAGUUACAUUCCCGUGGGCAUCAGCUGCCGUUUUGGUACCUAUUAUCCUUGGAGUUCUAGUUUUCGGAGUCUUCCUGUAUUGGGAAGCAAAUCAUGCUUCCCUUCCCAUCGUUCCAGUGCGUAUAUUCAAGACACGGACGGUUGUUGGCGUGUACAUCUGCACGCUCGCGAACGGAAUGACGUUCUUCGCUAUCUUGUACUACGUCCCUCAGUUCCUGCAGGUGGUUCGAGGUAGCUCGCCCAUUACGUCGGGUCUGUUGGUCUUGCCCUUCCUUGCCCCCCCGUAUGUGUCUUCAUUUGUGGUCAGACAAAUUACUAGUAGAACGGGACGAUAUAGGCCUAUGAUCAUCAUCGGUUAUGCGCUCUGGUCGGUCGCCCAAGGGCUUCAGAGCACGAUCACCCAAGACAGCUCGGACGGGAAGAUAGUCGGCUAUCUCCUCCUGGGAGGCAUUGCGUCCGGCGGCACGUUCCAAACGUCACUCAUUGCGGCGCAAGCUGCCGUUCCCCGGAGCGAAAUGGCCGUGGUCACCGGCGUGAGGAACUACGUCCGGCUCUUUGGCUCGACGCUCGGCCUGGCCAUAUGUGCUUCGAUUGUCAACAACGAACUCAAAGGUGCCAUUCGACCGCUCGGGCUUUCUAGCCAACAGAUUUCGCAGAUCACGAACGACCCGACGAUCAUCCACGAUUCUUCCUUCAACUUGACCAACGAACAAAGAAGGACCGUCAUCGACGGAUACGCAAAAGGGUUCAAGAACGUCUUUUACCUGACGAUGGCUUGCGUUCUUAUGGCAUUUAUAUCCUCUGUUCUCCUUAUACAGCACCACUCACUGAAGCGAGCCGAUGAUAAGGAGCUCAAAGAGGCAACGAAGCGAGAGCUUCUCGCCAAAAAGAUGAAGAAAAAGGGACUUCAACCCGGUGAUCAGGACCUGGAGUCCCAAACCCCCGAACCAGAACAAAAGGCACAAUAA